UGUAGUACUACCACGUUUUAUCACAGCAAUCAGAAACCUUUUAUUUGCAGCAUGUCAGGAGCAUCAUUGUCUCUCUGGAUGGGAGAUCUGGAGCCUUACAUGGAUGACUACUUCAUCACUGCUGCAUUUGAGCAGAUGGGAACAACAAUCAAAUCCAUGAAAUUGAUUAAAAACAAGGUCACAGGUCUCCCAGCUGGCUACUGUUUCAUCGACUUCCAUGAUGCAGAAAAGGCACAUGAUGCAAUGUUAAAACUGAAUGGAAAAAUCAUUCCCAACAGUAGCCCUCCCAAACGGUUUAAGCUGAAUACAUCCAGUCAUGGAAAAGAACAUCUUGCUGUACCAGAAUUUUCUCUUUUCAUUGGUGACCUGUCCAUGGAUGUUGAUGACUAUGUUUUGUAUUAUGCAUUUGCCAAGAAAUACAGAUCUUGCAGAUCAGCCAAAGUUGUACUAGAAAACAACGGACGCAGCAAGGGCUACGGGUUUGUUCGCUUCUCUGAGGAGACAGACCAGCAGAGAGCACUGAUAGAAAUGCAGCAUAUGACGGGUAUUGGGUCAAAGCCUAUCCGUGUGAGUCUAGCAACACCAAAACGACCUGUGCCUCAAGAUAUGUCAGGGGGUAUGCAUUAUGGUCACUACUAUGGACACAGUUAUCCUUACGGUGCUACAUACUACAACUACUACAACUCCCACACUUACUACAACAACCAAGACUACACUCCCCGCCAGAGUGGACACCAUGAGCAUAACACUGAAGAAGAUAUUGAUUCUUUAGAAGAACCCGAAUUGGAAGUUGAUAUUUUCAGAUACAACAAAGACUACAUGGAACAGAGUGAGGAAAUCUUUGAGGCAAUAGAAUUAUCAAGAUGGACACCAUUGGACAGCAUUGCAUCAAAAAUCACCAAUCAUAUUGUGUAAUCGCAAACUGUUUAUUGUUACAUCAUAUAUCACAAGCAGUGUUUAUUGUUACAUCAUUUGUUCACAGGCAACAUUAGCCUCCAAAUUGUUUUAUCACAGGCAACAUUUGUCAUCACAUCAUCAUCAAAGGCAAUGUUGCCAUCACAUGUCUGAUAAUAGACCUUGUUUGAUAUUACAUUAUCUGAUCACAGGCGGUGUCUGUCAUCAGACACUAGUAAAACUGCAGUGAAAGAGAGAAAGAAGAAUGGAUUUGAAAGUGAUUUUAAUUUUUCAUGAGCCUGCCAUUAAAUCUGAUGUCCACCGUGUAUCAUGGUUUCACCACUGUACCACAAAAUCCAAGGGUGUAAAUCAGGUGUAUGAUGUGAAUUUCAGUUUCAUCAGUGUGAUACAACUGAUUCUAGUACAGGAAAUUCAAUGAUAUGUUAAAGUUUUCUGAAUGUUUAAGAAGUAUGUGCUAAUACUUUAGUGUGCAUUUUGGUAUCCUUGUUUCUUUUUUUUGUCAGGGAUAAUGAGACACAAUAUUCCAAACAAUAUGAAAAAAUCUGCUUCUUAGCCUUUCUGGAAAAUAUCGGAUGAAAAUUAAAUGUGAAUAUUUUAUGAAUGAUUAAAAGCAAAAGUUAUAUGGUUGAUUAUAUGUACCAUGUAUGGUGACUUGUUUCUGUGAAAUAUUUUUGUUGAAUAAAGAUGAAAUGAAA